CGACCUCCUCGAUCUCGCUACUCAUACCUACGCCAUUGGCGAACCUCUUCCGCCAUGCCUUAUAACAACACUCCGAUCGCGCCUCCCAAGGAUAUCAGUGGUCAAGUCUCUUUACCCCUCGCGCGCGUCCAAAAAAUCAUCAACGCCGAUCCUGAACGCCUCCACACCUCCAAAAACGCAGCGUUCGCAAUCGCUCUGGCCACUGAGAUGUUCAUUCAACACCUCGCCCAAACUACACACAAUGUCGUCAAGGCCGAGCGGAAACCGCGGCGUAAUAUCCAGUACCGUGACGUCUCGAGUGCGGUGGCGAAGACAGAUAAUCUGGAAUUCUUGACCGACGUGGUGCCCAAGACCAUCACCAUGAAGGAGUUGAAGAAGCGCGAGGAAACCAAGAAGAAAGCGAAAGAGACGGCGGAGCAUGAGAAGAAACCAAAGAAGGCGCUUGGGAACGGGAAAGAAGGGGAGGCUUCGACAUCAGGUGGACUGAGGAACGGCGACGUGAGAGACGCUUUCAAGGCACAGACCAAUGGCCAUUCAAAGGAUGGCGAAGACGCAACAAGUACUGCGAGCGCAGCAGGAAAUGAGGAAUCUGAGGCUAUGGAAGUCGAUCAGCAGGAAGAAGAGCCGCGGGAAGAGGCCGGCAGAGUGCUAGUAGAAGACAGCGAGCCGGAGGACGAUGCUGCAGCUAUGCAAAUCGAGAUGGAGAUGCGGGGGCCGAGGCACGACUCCAGCCCUGAUGUUGCCCCCAGGCGAUCAAGCGGAUUCACAGCUGUUAACAAUGGCUCCUGA